AUGCGGUCUUCAAUGCUCUGUCUUGGGAUCGCGCCCCUGAUUUCGCUGGUGUCUGCACACACCCAAAUCUGGUAUCCUCAGUGGCGCGCAGACUCUUUCGACCUACCGUUUUCGCAGAGGAUCUAUCCCUAUAUACUUCUUUGGUUUCUAGGUGCCGGGAUAUCUGAUAACUCAGCAACACCUCGAACUGAGUGGCCUCUCACCGGAGGAUCUCUCAAUGUCACUCUCCAUGAUGCUGCCGCUUACAUCUUCGUCAACCUCGGCUUCGGGGCGAACUCGUCAGAUUUUAACAUCACCUUGUUCUCUGCGCCGCUCAACGAGACCGGGCCAGGAAAUCUUUGCUUCCCCAAGCUGACACUACCGCCUGGUCUCCCCAUUCAGGAGGGGACGCAGGUGUCGAUCCGAUUUGCAACAGCCGGUCACAAUGGUGAAGGCUUGUACAACUGCGCCGACAUUACCUUCACCAAUAACGCCACUCUCUUGCCUUCGGAUCAGUGUCAGAACAGCUCAACUGUGAGCGUU